GCGCUGCACUCGACGCUCGAAAGCCGGGAAAACACGAGCCGUUUUCCGCCGCGACGAUACGCAUCGAAGUUUACGGAAUUCGAACGCAUUUGAAUUGCUAUUUUGAAGUUUUAUUUUUUAAAUAAAUAACCAGUAAUUUUCAAAAAGUUGUUCAGCAUUAAAACUUAAAAUUCUUUUUUUUUUAAUUUUUCAAAGAUUGCUAUUUUGUGAAAAGUGUUUGGAAAACUUAAGUUGUGGGAUGUUUGUGAUUUGUCUUCGACUCUUUUGGUUGUGAUUUAUUUUUAAACGAUAAAGUUGGCUGUUAUCGCAGUUGGGUCACUCUCAAAAGUCUGGAGUCCAUCAAUCAACCUCCACUCCAUGAGCACAAUUGAAGCGGACGACGUCGGUAGCACUUAACAUGUCCGACUAAAACUAUUCAGUGCUCAUCCGAACGAUGACAAGACUCGAGUAAAUUUUGGGAUAUAGGAAACUACCACUGUUAUCGAUGAACGACCUAAACUACAACGCAGGAAUGAGUUCCUAUCAGUUUGUUAACUCGCUUGCCUCUUGUUAUGGCAACCAAGCUCCCGGGCGCACGGGUACGCCCGUGGAACAAGCCGGGCACCCUGGAUUACCGACACCCGGAGCAGAUUACUACAAUCCGAAUGCCGGGACUGGGUAUCCGAACGCUUGCUACUCCCCACCACAAGUCGGUCAUCAUUAUCCUCAGCAUCCGUACGCGACACCGGCGUCGGGCACACACAUGCAGCCACAGUCCAUGAUAGACUACACACAAUUACAUCCACAAAGAUUGGGCAGCACGGCGAGUCAUAUGCACCAACAUUCGAAUCCGAGUCCUGGUGCGUUAUCGCCCAAUUUAAUGUCGACGCCCCCUAGCCAGGCGGCGGGAGCUAGUUGUAAAUUCGCCGACACCACGUCUACGACGGGAGUAGCUUCGCCGCAAGACCUUUCUACUUCUUCUGGCCCGGGAAGAACAUCGCCCGGCUUCGGAAGUGUUGGUGGACAAAAUUCUAGCGGAACCACAAGCACAAAAUUAGGGUUGACGACUCCCAUCGCUUCACCUGUAGAGCACAAAGCGAAUGUUAACCAGAACAUCUCUAGCCCUGCAUCAAGCACGUCAAGCAACGAAAGCAAUGAGGCUAACAACUCUAGUUCAAACAAUACGAAGAGCACAAAAUCGACCUCUAACCCGCAGGCAAAUCCGCCGCAGAUAUAUCCUUGGAUGAAGAGAGUGCAUCUUGGACAAAGUACAGUAAACGCGAACGGAGAGACCAAGCGCCAGAGAACAUCGUACACUCGAUAUCAGACACUUGAACUGGAGAAAGAGUUCCACUUCAAUCGGUACCUGACGCGACGAAGACGGAUUGAGAUUGCACACGCGCUCUGCCUGACAGAGAGACAGAUAAAGAUCUGGUUCCAGAACCGGCGCAUGAAGUGGAAGAAGGAGCAUAAAAUGGCAUCGAUGAACAUCGUCCCGUACCAUAUGAAUCCGUAUGGCCACCCUUACCAAUUCGACCUUCACCCGAGUCAGUUUGCGCACCUCUCCGCAUAGGAUCAGUGGAAUUUUUCGAACAGCGGAUAACUGAUUUAUUAAACUAGACAGUCGGCCGUAAGUCAUGCGGGGUUGAUUGUAACAUCUGACUUUACUCCGGUAAGUUAGAUGCUACAGCAACUAGACUGGAUCAGUUAUUCGCUGUCCGAAAAAUUUCUAGUCUAAUUUGUUGCAAUUGUUGAUGACACUAUCAGUGGCUCUAAAAUAGAGCAUUCUGUGCUCGAAGUGAAAUUGAGUGGACUAAGUGAAGACUUAAAAAAAGAAUAAGUGCAAGUGCUAAUGUUAAGAACAAAUCAAGUUUAUUCAAGUACCUUCAAGUCUGUUUAAGGUAUCAGUAGUUCCAACUAGGUUUCCUAUUCUUUUACCUUACCAAUUUUUUCUGAUUAAUAUUUGCGAACAAAUUAAUGAAUCUCAUCAUUCAAUAUUCACAUUGUUUUCAUUGUAAAUUCUAAAAUACUAUAAAGUGGUAUUAAAUUUUAAAGUAGAAAGAAUUUUACCUAGUCAUAAGCUAUAAUUCGAUUUGCAUAUUCCUAAAAUUGUAAGAUAAAACUACUGUAUACCGAAUAGUAUAAAUUGUGGUGGCUGAGGAUUGUGUUUAAAAUUGUGGCUCAACAUCAUCAUUACAUGUCGUUACACUUUAAUUGAUAUCAGUGAUUGUCGCAGUGAAGAACAAAUUCGGAAUUGUACAGGGAUUAUGUAAAGUGAAAUCCAAAACAACUAAGACACAAAUCAAUGUAUCAAAUUUUUAAUUAGGACGAGAUGUAAACUUAAUUAUAAAUGCUGGAUUAAGAAGAGCUGGAAAGAAAUUCUGGUACUGAAAUAAGGAAUUAUAAACUUAUCAAACGUCUUCGUGCAUCUUUGGAAUCACCGUGGUAAAGCGACACGACGUCGACAGAACUGUAGCCUUGGUGUUGCGUCGUUUAUUUAAACUGGCACAUAAGGUUCUGUCCACCGAGAAAUCAAUGCCAUACUAUAAAAUCCUAAAAUCAGCUUUAGAAGAUAUACAUAAAUAAUUGAAGGAGUCUCAGUAUCAAGAUUUCCAGUUUUUCCUACCAGUCCUGUUACGCAUAGAAAAUAAGGGAGGGCUUGUAAGAGAGCUGUGAACUUAAUUAGAGAAAGUAAGCUCAGUAACUAUAGACAUGUGAAUAGGUAGAGAUAUUCCUUCUUAACUUGUACAUAAAAGUAAUUUGUCGUUUAGUAGAUAAUGGAUAUAAAGAUAAUAUAUUUCAAUAAACUUCCCGAAGAACUGUCUUAUGUUCCUGUCCUUAGUUGUAAAUAACAAAGUAUUUAUCGUUCUACGAUUCAAUGCAUAAUAAAAUAAAACUUUGUUUAGAGUAUGAAUAGGUAGUGAUUUUUUAAAGUUUCCACAAACAAUACCAAUUAAAGUAAUUAAUGUGGCUCUAUUACGUACCUACUUUUAAAUCUUUAAUGUCGUAUUUGUAAAAUGUACUUAAUAUGCUUAGUGAUUAAUAACAUUUUUAAUUUCUUCCCUCAAGUGAACUAAGGUUGUUUCAAAAUUAAUUUACAUUAACGAUCGUUUUACGAUUUAGCAAUUCUUUCUUCGGUUAAUGUUUUGUUAUCACAUUUUUGUAAGAAAUGUCGUGGUCAACUGUGAUAUUUUGUUAAAUUUAAUUCUUAAGUCGUACAGCGCGUUUUGAGUUCGUAUAUUUGAUUUUUCUCCCAAAGUAUGUUUGGAUGAUGUUUUCAGUUCCAUCGACUGGUUCAUUCGUUACAUUAUUUAUUGUUUGUAAAUAUUAGAUGCCUACGUGACUAGCGUAACUGAAUAAUGUUCAAAUUCUUGUAAUGUAAAACUUUAACAUCACUUAUGUUUUUCUAUAUGUAAAUUUAUCUGUGCAAUAGGAUGUGGCCUAAUUUUUUCAUACUCUG